AUGGUACAGUCUGCUACUCCUAAAGACGAAACGCCGGAUGAUGUUUCAAAGGGGAACUUCUUGAAUUCAUUCAAGAGGACUAUGAACUUUGAUAAGCCUUCUACAGAUGAGAGAGACUCGUUUGCGCGAACACCAUCGCAGGGUUUUUCUAACAAACAAGCAAACCCAUUAGAGUUUACACCUCUCUUAAAUUCAGUGAGGCAGAACUCCUCUAAUCAAAUAUCGUCCUUGGAUGAGAAAAGUCCUUACCGUCGAGACUUUUCGAUUCUAUCGCCCGUUUCGGAAAAAGCAUCUCAAGAAGGCAUUAGUAUUGAUCAAAAAAGUGACGCUUAUGAUAUUUCGAAACUGGAUGAAAGCUCUUUCAUAUCGAAUGCUGAAGGCACAAAUGAUGACCUUCCUGCAAAUGCAGCGCUUACCUUACGUGAGCAGGAAAAGAUUCUCGAGAAUGUUGGCAGAGAAAACUUUGGGUUGCGUGUCAAAAUUGCUUACCUCAAUAAGCGCCUUGAUUCUAUGGCACCAGAGCAGAUUCGUGAGGCGGUGAACGACAAUGUGGAUCUUCACGUUGAGCGAACGAAACUGCUUCUGCAGUUAAAGAAAAGUGAACAGCUCCUUACAAAAUCCCAUUCGGAAAACGAUGAUCUUGUCAAAAAGAUCCAGUUCCUUGAAAAGGUUAAUAGCGUCGAACAAUCCCAAAAUAUUAAAGUAUUUAUGGAACGUAUCCGAUCUCUCGAAGCAGAGUGUUCUCAUCUAAAAGCUCAGCAAGCAAAGUCUUCCCCACCAUUGAAUGAGAAUGAAAACCAAAUAGACAUGGAGUAUGACAUGAGAAGGCUUCAAGACCGUUACGACGAAAUCAAUGAAGAGCUCAUUGUUGCUCAGGAUAUGCUGAAUGAGAAGGAUGGAGAAAUUUCUUUGCUGAAACAGCAACCGCAGGAACCUCCAUCUAGGGAUCAUUCACAUUCACGAAAUAAAGAAGACAAUUCGCAUGUACAAUUACUUAUGGAUUUUGAAGCACUCGAGAAGAAGUACGUUGAUCUACAAGAUGAAUUGGCUCAUGUGAGGGACGAGCUUCAACAAAAAAAUAACGAAUUAGAUUAUACCCAGGAUAUCUCAGAGGUUCAAACGCUAAAAGAAAAGCUACACGAAGCUGAGCUUCAUAUAAAGUACCUCAACAACCAAAUUCAUGACUUUGAAGACAUGAGCAAUGAGCUGGAAGACCUUACUAAUCAUGUAGAAAAUAUGGAAAAUGAAAGGGAUAAAUUACUUGUGAAGAUAAAGUCGCUAGAAAGCACCAACGGUGAUUUACGAGAGGUGGCCACUUCAUUAGGAAACCAGCUUGAGUCUUUCCGAAGCAAAAAUAUGUCUUUAGAAGAAAAAAAUAAAAUGCUUGAGUUGAUGUCGCAAUCCAAUGAUACGGAAAACGUUUUGCGAGAACUGAAUAUUAGACUAGAAACGAUAACUGCUGAAAUGACUGAUUUACGUAUGAGAUACGAAUCGAAUUUAGCGGAUUUAGAGACUCUUAAAAAAGACAAGAGGAGCUUGCAAUUUGAGAAUGACAGACAUCGAAUGGAUAUGGAAGUCACUGUUGCCCAAUUGAACCAGGAUAUUGAACUUGAAAGGGCAAAGUAUACUCAAAUGACAGAGAAUCUAACGAGAACUCGAAAAUCGCUGGAAGAGCAAAACAGCUCCCUUGAGACUGCUCUACAAUCAAAAGAGAAAAACAUGUUUCUUUUUGAAGAGCAGAUACGGAAUUUACGAGCUUCUGAGCAAGAACUAUUGACAAGGUUACAUAGCGGACAGGAAACUAUUUCUAAUUUACAAAGGAAAUUGAAUAAGCAUGAGCUUGAAAAAGAAGAGCUAAUUCAAAAAUUACGUGAAAGAGUGAGCACAUCUCCUUCUAAAAGCAGCAACCUUAUCGAUAACAUGAAUGACGAAUUAAGUGUUCUUCGAAGAGAAAUUUCAGAUUUGAAAGAUGAGUUGGAAUUGAGCGAACAGGACCGUGAGGAAGCGUUAGCUGCCCAAGCAAAACUAACAUCGCAAGUCGAUCAAUUAAGUAAAGAGAGGCAAAAUAUGAUGUUGGACUAUACGAAGCUAAAAGAGGAGCUUCUUCAGACGCAAGGCCAAUUACGCAGAAAAGAAUUGGAAGUGACAGAUUUAAAUCUGAAGCUUUCGGAAAGAAGAACCGCCGUAACAAAUAUUGGGGAAUUUGAAAAACAAAGAAAGAAAUUAGAUUUAUUCGCUGAAGAUAUUCGACGACUUGAAGCUGAUAAAAUGAAUAUAGAAAAAGUGGCAUACCAACUUAGUACAGCCAUACAGGAGUCUGAAGUCAACAAGAAUUCUUUUAAAGAAAGGUUUUGUGCUUUUCUUCUAGAAAGACCGUCCACGACAACAUUUGAUGAAGUUGUAAAUCAAAUUGAGGAUUUAAUAAGGAGUCAGAAGCAGAAGAUUCAAGAGUUACAAGCGGAGAUUGACAAACUGACCUAUGAGAAUUUGAACAGCCAGUUUGGGGGAAAUUUUGGAUUAUCUGAACCUGAAAAGCUCGGUCUUUCUCCUAUAGACAAACAUAGGGUUCAGAAAAUGCUGGACGAUUAUCGUGAGCGACUUCAUAAAGAGGUAGAAUCCAAGUAUUCUCUCAAAAACGAAUUGCAGACUUUAAAGAAAGACAGCAAAUCAUAUUUUGAGAAAGCGAAACUGCUUGAGAAAGAAAAGUACUAUAUGGAAUCUGAACUAAAGAAAGUAAAAAUUUCUGGCAAUUAUGAUGGAACACACGAUGAAGAAAAACGGCUAUUACACCAGAAGGUGAAAGAUCUUGAGAAGGAAGGACGGAUUUACGCCCAACAUUGGACGGAAAAAGAGAACUUGACAUCUGCUGAUGUUGUAAAGGGUGAUCGGCCUACAUUAGACUCACUGAAAGAUGCACUUUGGAAAAAGACCACAAGAAUGGAACAACUAAAGUCGCUGUAUGAUAACCUGAAGUCAGAAUAUCACAUUCUACUAAAAAGCAAUAGAACGGAAUAUCCUCGGUACUUUAAUGAUUCCGACAAGCUCUCGGCUGGAUCGCAGAAUUUACGGACAAGGCAUUCUUCAGAAGUACGAGGUUUGAUAAAGAUGACACAGUUUCUUCAGUCAAAGUUCGAAAGAGAGCAUACUCUUCGACUUGAUUUAGCUUUUUCCAAGAAGUUUAUAUUACUUCAGCUAACUGGCUAUGAAACUUGCAACAAACUCAAUUUACGUUUGUUGCAGAAGAUUGGCAUCACGCCCGACAAUGCAGUUAGAAAGAAGAGAUUGACCUUUAAGAGUGUUACCAUAUUAAUAUGUUCCGUUCAGCGGAUGAAGCGAAUGAGUUAUGACUGGCAGAAGCAAUUGGAAGUAAGACAGUCUCUACAAAGAGCAGCUGAAAAGGCGCGUUUGGAAGCUAAGAAAAUUGAUGUCUAA